GCAACAUAUGCAGAUGUAUAAAAGAUUCUGCUGUAGCGGAUGUACGCUGUGGUGGCCACUUUUAUAGCAGCAGGGGCACUUUUUCCAGCCCUAACCAUCCAGGCCUAUACCCGCACAACUCAGACUGUAUUUGGAACAUCACACCAGGCAGUCGAAUCGUUCAGCUGGACUUCCGUAGUGUAAACAUUGAGUAUCACUCAACCUGUGCUUUUGAUGCCAUUUACGUCUAUGAUGGCCCCAGUACCAGUUCCAGGCUUCUUGGGAAAGUGUGUGGCACGGACAAUACCACCUUUCACACCACUGGUACUUCUUUAACUGUGCGCUUCAAGAGUGAUAGUAGUGGUAGCGGCCAAGGUUUUCUUGCGGACUUCCAAGUUGUGGCUGGAGGUUCCUGCAGAUACAACUGUGGCUACCAGGUUGGAAACUGCUCUUGCUCUUCAAGCUGUAGAGGGAACUGCUGUCCAGACUACGAUGAUUACUGUUUAUCCACAUCUGAACCAACAGUAACUGCUCAGCCCUCAUGUCGUUACAACUGCGGCUGGGACCUGGGAAGCUGUUCCUGCACAAGCUCUUGUCAAUACUAUGGCAACUGUUGCCAUGAUUACCACUAUUACUGCCCAACCACUACUCACAGUCCUCCUACCUCAGCUCGGCCCUCGUGUUACAACAACUGCGGUGGGCACAUGGGAAGCUGCUCCUGCUCAAGCUCUUGUCAAUACUAUGGCAACUGUUGCUAUGACUACUACUCUACCUGCCUGUCAACCACUGCAAAACCAACCACAGCUCAGCCCUCGUGUCGUUACAACUGCGGGAGGCACAUGGGAAGCUGCUCCUGCUCAAGCUCCUGUCAAUACAAUGGCAACUGUUGCUAUGACUUCUACUCCUACUGUCCAGUCACAACUAACAUGCCAGCCACAGUAAAACCCUGUGGAGGUUCUCUGUUUGGCUCUGGCACCGUCUCCAGCCCCAACCACCCCAACUACUACCAUGACAAUGCCUACUGUGUCUGGCAGCUCAGGGCUGCGUUUGACCAAAGAAUCUUCCUGGAAUUCACCUACCUGCAGUUGGAGAACUGCUGCUCCUGUGACUAUAUUUCCAUCUAUGAUGGGCCAUCUGUUAGCUCACGGUAUCUGGGGAAAGUGUGCAACAACAGUCUGAGUUCUUUCUACUCCACUUCCAACUACUUGACUGUGCUCUUCCAGACUGAUGGUUCUGUGGUUGGCCGAGGCUUCAAUGCUGACUUCAUAAGCUCUCUGCCACCAAGCUCAGGUCGAGUGGACUGUUCCUCAGACAACAUGAACAUUGUGAUUGAGAGGACUUACCUGAACUCUCUCGGAUACGAUGGCCACAGUCUGUACCUGAAUGACCCGCACUGCAGACCCCAGGUUUCCACAUAUCAGGUGGUCUUCAACUUCCCCAUCAACACUUGUGGCAACAUUCGAAAGUUUGAGAAUGACAGAGUUGUGUACACCAACACCCUCCGCGCCUACACCUCCAGCUCCGGGGAGAUCACACGCCAGUCUCACUUUAAGAUGAACGUGGGCUGUCGAAUGGAGCAGGACUCAGUGGCCCAGAUCAUGUACGUUGUCGAACAUCGGGAUAACAGCAGCAUCACAGGCACAGGCAGAUUUAAUACCAGCAUGGAUUUCUACACAUCAAGCAGCUUCUACUACAAGGUUACUCAAGUUCCAUACGAGGUGACACUCAACCAGAACUUAUAUGUCCAAGUGAACCUGAGGAGGGGUGACAGUUCCCUGGUUCUCUUUCUUGACACCUGUGUGACCUCGCCAUCACCCCAUGAUUUCCAGACCAGACCUUACUACCUGGUCCGCAAUGGCUGCCCUGUGGACAACACCUACAUGAGCUACAUCACUGGCACCCAAGCCUAUGCCCGUUUCACAUUUAAGGCCUUCCAGUUCCUGCGAGCCACAGAGUCGGUGUACAUCCAGUGUAAGGUCCUGAUAUGCCAAGCCUCUGACUACAAUUCUCGCUGCCGUCGUGGCUGCAACAAACGUGCGGCCAGAGACUUGGGGUCAGAACAUGACCGUCAAACUUUGGUCCUGGGACCCAUCAAACUCAAAGACCCUGAGAAAAAGGAAGAAGAGACUCCUAAGCAGGACAAGGCUUAACUAGAUUCUGCAAUUUGCUGCUUUAAUACUCUUAACUAAUUGUUACAGCUCAUUCUGUUCAUUGUGACACUAAAUUGUUUGCACCAUUGUUCUCUUGAUCACCUUAAUUACCUGAUUAAAAGCAUCAAAAGACAA